CUCUCUCUCUCUCUCUCUCUUAUAUAUUCAAUCCCUUCUUCCUCCAGUCACCAGAAUCAUCUCUCCCACCCUCUCCCCCUAAUGGAUCUCUCCAUAUUCCUCUCCUCAAUCCUCUUCAUCUCCCUUGCUUACAAGCUCUACCAGCGCCUGAGGUUCAAGCUUCCACCAGGGCCAAGGCCAUGGCCAAUCGUCGGAAACCUGUAUGACAUAAAGCCGGUGAGGUUCCGGUGCUUCCAUGAGUGGUCACAGACCUACGGACCCAUCAUAUCUGUGUGGUUUGGGUCGACUCUGAACGUGAUUGUAUCCAACUCAGAACUGGCGAAGGAGGUACUCAAGGAGAAUGAUCAGCAGCUGGCAGACAGACACAGAAGUAGAUCAGCAGCUAAGUUCAGCAGAGAAGGGAAGGAUCUCAUCUGGGCUGAUUAUGGACCUCACUAUGUCAAAGUUAGGAAGGUCUGCACUCUUGAGCUCUUCACCCCCAAGAGGCUUGAAGCUCUCAGACCCAUUAGAGAAGAUGAAGUCACAGCCAUGGUUGAGUCCAUCUUCAGAGAUUGCACCACUCCUGACAAUCAAGGGAAGAGCAUUUUAGUGAAGAAAUAUCUGGGCACAGUAGCAUUCAACAACAUAACCAGACUUGUGUUUGGGAAGCGCUUUGUGAAUGCUGAAGGCAUCAUUGAAGAGCAAGGUAAGGAAUUCAAGGCAAUUGUCUCUAAUGGGUUGAAGCUCGGUGCAUCACUCGCCAUGGCUGAACACAUCCCAUGGCUCCGGUGGAUGUUUCCCCUCGAUGAGGCGGCUUUCGCCAAGCACGGGGCUCGCAGGGACCGCCUCACCAGAGCUAUCAUGGAGGAGCACACUGUGGCUCGCCAGAGGAGUGGCAAUACUAAGGAACACUUUGUUGAUGCACUGCUCACACUCCAGGAGAAAUAUGAUCUCAGUGAUGACACUGUUAUUGGCCUUCUGUGGGAUAUGAUCACUGCAGGCAUGGACACAACUGCGAUCUCGGUUGAGUGGGCAAUGGCAGAGGUGAUCAAGAACCCUAGGGUGCAACAAAAGGCUCAGGAAGAGUUGGACCGAGUUGUCGGUUCGGACCGGGUGCUGACCGAGGCCGAUUUCCCUAACCUCCCUUACCUACAAUGUGUGGCCAAGGAGGCACUACGGCUGCACCCUCCAACCCCGCUCAUGCUCCCCCACAAGGCCAAUGCCAAUGUCAAGAUCGGUGGCUAUGACAUCCCCAAGGGCUCCAAUGUGCAUGUAAACGUCUGGGCCAUUGCCCGUGAUCCAGCCGUAUGGAAGGAACCACUUGAAUUCCGGCCUGAACGAUUCCUAGAGGAGGAUGUAGACAUGAAGGGUCACGAUUUCCGGCUUUUGCCAUUUGGCGCGGGGCGACGGGUCUGCGCUGGGGCACAGCUUGGCAUCAACUUGACCACAUCAAUGUUGGGUCACCUACUACACCAUUUCCAUUGGACCCCACUUCAAGGGGUUAAAGCGGAGGAGAUGGACAUGUCGGAAAACCCCGGGUUGGUCGCCUACAUGGCAACCUCUCUACAAGCCGUUCCCACACCCAGGUUGCCAUCCCACCUGUACAAGCGUGUGGCUGUGGAUAUGUAAUCUAGUCUGGUUCUCAAUUUAAUUCUCUUCUGGGAUCUGUCUUUCUUUGUUGUAAGAAAAUUUGAGCUUUUCACCGGAUAAUGGAGCCCUAAAAUCUAUUAGAGAGGCAUAUAAAAUAAUUGAAGUUGUGGAAUUGAUACAGUGCUUUGUUUUAGGUGACUAAAAUCCUCAAUGUUUGCCUGAUUUGGCUCUGGAUCAGAUACAAAUUUCUGUUA